AUGGCUGCAGCAGCAGCAGCAGCGCGGCCAAGCAAAUCCUUUCCUGUUCGGCGUCUUCUAAUAAUCCCGGCCAUUCUGCUGCUCUGCUGUAGCUCGCUAGCAGCCGACACUCUGACCCAAGGCGGCCCAGCCCUCGAUUCCAACUCCACCCUCAACAGCCCCGGCGGCUUCACCUUAGGCUUCUCAGCGUUCAACUCGGACAACUCCAGCUGCCGCUACUUGGGAAUCUGGUGGAUUGACCAGUACCUCUACUGGGUAGCCAACCGCGACUUCCCUAUCUGCGACGACGACUCGGGACGCCUCGUCUUGGACCACAACGGAACCCUCAAGCUCACCAACUCCGCCGGCCCACCCCUCGUGCUCUACUCCUCCUCCAACAACGACAACAACAACAGAAACAGUAGCAAGAAAUUGACGGCGGCGGUCGAAGAAAACGGCAGCCUCUCCGUGCGGGACGGUUCCAGCAAUCUGCUAUGGCAGAGUUUCGAUUCCCCUACGGAUUCCUGGCUGCCCGGGAUGAAACUCGGGGUGGUCAAUGACAGCGGCGGCCUGCAGAACCGGAAGCUGACGUCACGGCUGAUCUAUUCCAUCCCGGCGAAAGGGUCCUUCACGCUGGAGUGGGAUCCCAAGAGGGAGGAGCUGGUGGUGAAGCGGCGAGGGGUCGAGUUCUGGGCCAGCGGCAAGCAAUUGGGGGCCGACAGAUUCCAGAAUAUGGACCUCAGGGGAUUCUCGGCACAGGGGAUAGAUUACAACGUGACACGUGUCUCCAGCCCUGCCGACGGCGAGGACUAUUUGACUUUAGGAGUUUCCAAAAACAGAAACAGCACCACCACGGGGUUUACCUUCAGCUACUUGCUGCUGGGCCACGACGGCGGGAUCGCGGACGAAACACUCGGCGUCGGCGGUUCGGCCCUGGACCCGGAUCUCUGCGACGGAAACAGCACGGAGAAUGGGUGCGUGUCUGCGUGA